AUGGAAAACAAACGGCAGAGGAAGCAUAGCACAGCUCGCUCCUCAGGAGCAGAGCCUCAGUUCUCUGUUAGCAAAAUAGAGCGCCUUCUUCAAGAGAGAAACCUGCCCAAACGCCUGAACUCUUCAGCACCUGUUUUUCUCGCGGGUGUCCUCGAAUAUGUGACAUCCAACAUUCUCGACCUGGCUGGCCAAGAGGCCCACACCAGCGGCAAAAAACUAAUUUCCCCAGAGAACUUGACCACGGCGGUUCAGAACAACGAGGAACUCCGCCAUCUCUUCAAAGACAACCAGUACAUGAUUGAUGCGACACCAACACCGGGACCCAUUGAGACACCAGGACCCGAAGAGACUCCGAAAGCUGAUGAGACACCAAGACCCGAGGAGAAGUGA